AUGUUCUCAUCGCAAUCUGUUUGCUCGACCUUGCUAGCAUUGGGCUUCUUCUUUAGUAGAGCUCAAGGAAAGGAAAUCAUCGGCUAUGGAACAGCUUCCCAAAGUGAAGCCGAGACAAUCAAUAGGGAAGAAAAGCCUUCUGAUGCAAAUGGUCAACUAGGAUGGGGCUUAUAUUUGACGGACGUACCUCCUCGCCGGUCGCUUUAUAAGAAUCCAUGGCACUGUGUUGUCAAAGCGAACGUGGAUAAGAUCAAGGAUCUAAGCAAAGUAUGGAUCCCAGAGUCGUACGAUCAGAUUACUUUCACUGGUAGACGGCCCACGCAGUUAUGGUACGAAGACGAAGAGAUUAUUAUAGAGUACGUCGAAACCAAAGUGCCAGACCCGAAGAAGGCUUUGCGCUUCACACAUAACCCAGAAGACAGUAGCAAGCUGAGAAUGGUCAUUCCAACCGACUUGAUGCAUGACGAUGAUUUGGGCUUAUGGGCUCGAUGCUGGGAAACAAAAAACGAGCUGAUGGAUUAUUCGCGCGGCGAAAGCCUUGAUUGGACGGAUUGGCAAAUUGUUGGGUUUCCUAAGUAA